AGAAUGAGCGAGGAAGAGGGGGAGGAAGAGAGAAAAUGGCCAGGCAGCCUUCUAAGCGGGAAGUGGACUCACGCGGGCUGACGCGCUCGCGCGCAAAUCCUCCGUCUCUGUUGGACACCUAUGCGCUCAUUCUGAUGUUUGCCUCCUCCUCGUUUUCUUGUUCUUCUUGUCAGAGCUCUGUCAAGCCGGCUUCCGAACAUGGUUGGCUCAGUCGCGUCUCGAACGUUGUGCGAUGGACUUCGGCCGGUUUUCGAACGUAAACGCGAAUGACAAACGACACGCUCUCGUCUGCUCUUCCAUCGGUUUCCAGUCGCCGCGGAUGCCUAGAAGUGAACCGAGUGUGACCGUCGUCGAAAAGAGGGACGCCGUUCCUCGUGUUCGCUUUCCCUGUCUCGCGAUGUACUUAAUCGAGCCGCGCGCGUAACAGAUGAGAGAUCCCGGGAUAGCGAGGAAAGUGGAAGGUUGCAUCCGUUUUUAUUCUCUCGUCCCGAGGAAGCGGAGAAUUCGAGGGAACGAAGACGGCGUUCGUCGGAUGCGGUCGCUUCGGUCGGCGUCGAGACGUCGUUGGUGUCGAUGUUGCUUUCCGUGCGGAUGCUGGGGGUGAGACUGCACCAGCGAUCGCCCAGAGGACAAGGGAACAGUUAAGAUCGAAUAUUCGAUGCCUGAAGUCUCCGUUGCCACGUGGUCUACAGGCAGCAACGUGUGAAACGUGAAUCACAAGGAACAAGGAAAGAGAAACGUAACCGUGACGAUAAAACAAAAGCUAGCUUUUUUUUCCUCUUUUUUUUUAUAUAAGCGUCAUGAGACAGACGUUGCGAUGAUACGAGCGAUCGAAAAUGUACCGUGCGACGAUCGGGGAACACGUGCAGCUGUAAAUAAAAUGUGGAAACGCGGUAAGAUCCGUUAUCGAAACGUUUGGAUGGUUCGCUGAGGCGUUACGUCGUCUCGUGUUUCACCGUUUCACGUUUGAACGCCUCACGCCUUGAGUCUUGCGUAUUCGAGGGUACGAUAAGAGUGUCAUGCUACCACCGGCGGCUAUGCAUUUGGAACAAAAGUCCGGUGCCGAGAAGAUAACAGCGAGAGAACGUUUCCCUUCGUCGAGUAGCACGGACGACGACCAAAGCGGAUCCGACACGGAACAGGAUUCGAACACGCUGCGCGGUAAAGUUCAUUCUGGAGUCCUUCACCACUCGAGUACGCAUUCUGUAAGAAAACGCCGAGGUAACUUACCAAAGCACUCGGUAAAAAUUCUGAAGCGAUGGCUUUACGAACACAGAUACAAUGCUUAUCCGAGCGACAGCGAGAAGUUGACGUUGAGUCAAGAAGCAAAUCUCACGGUGUUGCAGGUGUGCAAUUGGUUCAUAAACGCUAGGCGACGAAUCUUACCUGAAAUGAUACGAAGGGAGGGACACGACCCUCUCCAGUACACGAUCUCACGUCGUGGGAAAAAAAUGCCUGCCGGCAGUCAUCAGCAGUCGUCCAAUCUUGGCUCGAGAAACAAUCAAAAUUGGGAUGCGUUGGCUGGUAUGAGUGCACCGAAACGUAGCAGGGAUCACGACUACGAAGAUCCUGCUGGAUUAAUGUAUCGGAGCGAGGAGGACAGCCCGAACGAUUACGAGAGUAGUUCUCAUAGCGAAGAAGAACGUCCAACGACACAGUGGCCUAGCGUAAUAGUUUAUCCUUACUCGGAGACGAAAAUCGAGCAGAACGUUGCUCAACUUGGUGCUUACGAGGAAACGAUCACCCAUCCUGCGCGACGAGGAGACGACGAUGAAUCUUCGAUGAGAAACGAAGCGCCGUAUUGGAGCGCGCCCAGACAACAUCUUAUUCAAACUCCUGACGUGCAGCAUGAAACGGAAGUAUACAGCACGCAUAAUGCUCAUAGUCCACAUACGGAUGAGACUCCGCCGCCGACACCGCCAGAGGAAGAUAAAGACAAGUUUAAGUGUCUUUACUUACUGGUCGAAGCAGCUGUCGCUGUACGACAGCAGGAAAAGGAACGCGAGGGAGCCGUGCCGGUUUAACGAGAGCAGAGCACAUCGAUAUUGCUGCUCGUGUUGUCAUUCGUAUCGACAAUUUUUUAUCUUCCAGUUCCAUCAUCCUACGGAGUGGGUAUACACAGCAUACUUUUGUCGCUUUGUCAACGCGUACACGACAAUUUUUCGAGUUUCGUCCGAGAUGACAGUCUUUCCGGUGUUCCUCUGUUGAUGAUCGGCCACACGCAUUUUCGAAAUACAUGUGUCUAUCGGGUAGAAAACUGAUCGUGAUCCGCGGCGAUCGUUGCCUUAACUUUUACGACACGAGUUUCUACUUGCAAUGCGGCCGAAGGAAAUAUCUCAAGAAAGACUCUCUCGAGGCUCGAAGAAUAACUAGAGAUAAUCUACGAAAGAUAACCAAACGUUUUCUCAACUCUUACAUAACGGUGUUCUCGAAAUGUGUUGUGAUUUAUGGAGGUGUACUCUGCUUAAAAUUCGCGUGAACGAGAAAUUAUUUCAAAGACAAUUUGCUGCAAUAUUUCAGUAUUCGAAUCGGGCCACCCCCGAAGUUGAAGCUUCCUUUGUAAACCGAGAGUAAAUUCAAUAAUGUAGAAGGAAGGAUUGCCAGAUUCCUUCCAGAGGCACUAACUGUUAUCUACAGGUUUCUGUAAAAUUGAAUUGUUGAGUACACUCUCUCUCGUGCGAGAAUUCCUCGCAUGGAACGAUCCACGCGACUAAUAAGGAUGUUUUAUUUCCUAUUUUGCAACGCUUCUGUCUGUAUUUAUGCGAGAUAAGCGUAUUGGAUGGACGGCAAACAAGUGCCAAAAUUUUACAUCGUAGUGACAAAUUGAGUGUAACUGAGAAGACAUUAAUUCAGACAUCAGUUUACAUGUUCGUAAAUCUUUUUUUUUCCGCGCGUCGACUAUUUCGUUAUAUUUCGUAAAAUCAUCAAGUCGCCAUAUAUUAUAUAACUUUGGUAACAAUGCGAAUUUCUGUUUCUUUCGAUAUUCAGUGGAAGAAAGGGAGAACGACGGGAGAAAUAAAUCGCAUUAAGUAUCAUUACUACGAACUGAAAUGAAUUUUCAGAAUUCACACGGGACCGUCUGCGUCUGUUGGAAACCUUUAUCUUAUAUGCUGCCAUAGCUUUUGGUAGAACAUGUGAUUGAUUCCGUAUAAUUAUUCAGUUUAGGAACACAUACAGUGUACAUGCUUCGAGUCGAUUUCCGAUUAUAUUUUCACGAUAUCUUUUCAAGGAAUUAACAUAGGAACUAGCCAAAGAGAACAUUGAAAGCAUUUCUUGCAUCCUGUGUGUUUUUGUCAAUUUAGUACUUUUAUUUCUGUUACUGUUAUCGCUACUACUAUUGAUACUAUUUCUAUUACUACUACUUCUGCUGCUGCUGCUGCUGCUCUGCUGCUGCUGCUGCUACUAUUAUUUCUACUAAUACAACUAACACUCAUCACCACCAUCACCGCUGUUAUUAUUAACAUUAGUAAUAUUGUUACCAAUAUUAUCAAUAUUAGUAUCAAUAUUGCUAUUAAUAUUACCAUCACGACUAAAUACCGCAGCCAUGCCGCUGAUACUCUUCACUACUGUUACUAUUAACCACAAAUACGAUUGCUGUCGCCAACUGAUACUAUCGUCAUCAUUAACAUUAUUAUCAUUAGUAUUCGGUUCCUCUUCUUUUUCUUUUUGCCAGGAUUAGCGAGUAGAUGUAGAUUAUUUACGAUUGCGUGUGCUCUCCUGUCCACGUUUCAAGGUAGCACAGUACUUAACGCGAUAAGUAGUUACAUUACUUGAUUUGUUUUUAACACUCUGUCCUUUUCUCUCCGUUUUUUUUUAUCGUUACCGUUAAAUUACGAACUAAUUAACAGCAGUUGGAACCUUUAUUGCGUUUACCUUCGCAUUUAUGUUAGACGUAUAAGACUGCUCGAGAAGAGAUUCGUUGAUUCUUUUGACACGUCCGCGUACGAUUGAUACAUGUCUCUCCCUUUCCUCCCUGAUGCGGUUAUGAGCUAACGUUGCGACAACGCCACUGAUUAGCCAUUUUUUUUGAUUGCGCGUUAAUCGCAUUGCUUCCGUGAAGAGAAAAAGAGAUCGUUGAUUUUUUUUCGAUAUAGGCGGUAUGUGAGACACGUAAGCCAAUCGUGUGUGUUAAUUAUAUCUCAAGUAUAUAUAAAGUAAGUCGAAUACAAGCGCGCGUGCCUGUUUAAGAGAUACGUGUAUAGACAAUAAGUACGUAUACGUAUACAUAUGUAUAUAUAUAUAUGUAUAUAUACAUCUAUAUAUAAAUAUACAUAUAUAUAUAUAUAUAUAGAUUUAUAUGGAUACAGUCGAACCGGCGGUUCAUACACGGUAUAUUAUACAAUUUCGAAUAUCGAAUCUCGAUUUUCGAAAGCAGUUCGUUGAUUGAAGAUCAAUAUCGUGAUGCAUGAUCACGCAUAGAGAAAAUCAUUGGUACAAACGCCAAAGACUUAACUGUUAGUUCUACUCAUCAUUAAGUUGUUCAAAUAUAUUCAAAACAGAGGGGUGUCCUCUUUGUCGAAAAACAUAGCUAGUAAAUGUGUUUGUUGUGUGUUCGAGCGUUUAAAAGGAAAAAAAAGCAUUCACUAAAGGUGUAGUUUAUGUAGAGGGAGGGGGAAUGGAAAAAUAACAAACGAAGAGGAAAGAGAGAAGAAAUAAGUUUGAGAGAGAGAGAGAGAAAGAGAGAGAAAGGAAGAAGAAGAACGCAGAAAGCGUUGGAACAAUCGUGCCUAUCGAAACUUUAGGUUACCGCGUUCUUUGUAUGUAUACUGUGAAAGUGCGAAUGCAGACGCGAGCGUGAAUCGAUGCGAACGUUCAACGUAUGUACACUAUCAGAGUACCAGUACCUUCGUUGAUCAUGAAUCUACACAAAGUGUAUGUGUACGUAUUUAUACAUAUCUAUAUAUACACCUUCAUACAUAUAUAUAUAUAUAUGUAUAUAUAUACAUAUACGCACGCGUCGAUGCGCGAGCUAGAUUUAAACCGUGUUCAAAAGAAACAAAGUUCUUCGAUGUACAAAAUACGAUUCAAGUUUAUUUUUAAAUCGCGAUAAUCCUUAUGGUUGCCGUUAUGGGACCGCCUCGUUAGGAACUUGUUAGGGAAUUACUUUGUAUUAGGUUAAGAAUAGAUCUCUCUCCGACGUCAGGUAAGCAGUCCACGAAAUACCGAUUCUUCUUCGUCGACAGAACUAAUCGUUCGCGCGAAGAA